AUGGGACAGAUAUUGGGAAACAAUGAGGCUUAUAGAAAACUGGCCAAGGAAUACCAUCCUGAUAAGAAUCCAAAUGCAGGUGACAAAUUUAAAGAAAUAAGCUUUGCCUAUGAAGUAUUGUCAAAUCCAGAGAAACGUGAGUUAUAUGAUAGAUAUGGAGAACAGGGCCUUCGAGAAGGCAGUGGUGGAAGCAGUGGAAUGGACGAUAUUUUCUCCCACAUCUUUGGUGGUGGAUUGUUCAACUUCAUGGGUGGUCAGAGUAGAAGUCGUAAUGGUAGAAGAAGAGGAGAAGAUAUGAUGCAUCCUCUCAAAGUCUCUUUAGAAGAUUUAUAUAAUGGAAAGACAACUAAACUACAACUUAGCAAGAAUGUCCUUUGUAGUGCAUGUAAUGGUCAAGGAGGGAAGGCUGGAGCUGUUCAGAAAUGUAAUGCUUGUCGGGGUAGAGGUGUACGUAUCAUGAUCAGACAGCUGGCUCCUGGAAUGGUUCAGCAGAUGCAGUCUGUGUGCUCUGACUGCAAUGGAGAAGGUAAGCUGGCUCUUUUGUAUUCCUCAUUGCACUUAUAAAUAUGUAAUAAAAAU